AGAUGAGUCAAAGCAAACCUUUUCACCUUUUCGUGUAGCCAAAUUGUUGCAGGAUGCAGAGCAGUGCCAAUCCGUUGCCCACAGUGGCCAAGAGUCGCCGUCAAAUCGCAAAGAUGAAGCGAGAGCUGCGGAGUCUGAAGCCGAUGCCGCUUCGCGUGGGUGAUGAGCGGGACGAGCAGCCACAGAAGCCAUCGCUGGUGGAUAGGCCAGUGAAGCGUUUGGAUCAACUGGAGCCGGUGAGACUCACACGACAUCGUCUCAUUCAGCUGCUGCUGCGUCCGGCCCAUGAGCAGUCGGUGCUCGGCUGCUUCGUGCGCGUCAGGACGAGCGUACAGGGCGAGCCGCCGAUCUACCACGUGGCCGAGAUCAUGGACAUCAAGCAGGUGGCCCUGGGCUACCUUGUGGACGAGCUGCCCACCAAUAUUGGGCUGCGUCUGCGCUACCAGGGCACAGUGACGACCCACGAGCUGAACGACAUCUCCAAUGUGUCCUGCACACAGCCAGAGUUCCAGCUGUGGUACGAUUGGUGCGUCAACCAGGCAAUCCGGCCACCGACCCUCGGCCUCGUGGCGAGCAAGCGAAUGGAGCUGCACCAUGCGCUGCAGAGCGAGGCCAAGGCUGUGGCGCUCAUCAAGCAGGGCUUCACGCUGAUCAUGCGACCCGUGCCGCGUGCUGGCAUACUCGAGCGACAUGGCGCCAAAUAUCCCUGGCGCUUGCAACGGCCACCACAGGUGGAGGCCCAACCAGAACCACAGAGCCAGCAGGAGGAUCUGCAGCUGCUGUCGGAGAUGGAUGAGUCGGAAGCGGGUUGAACAACAAAUUAUUCAGAAAAUUAGAUUGA